AUGGUCCGAGUUUAUUGUUUCUGUGAAUUCAAACUUUCCAGGAAAGAAAUUUGUAUUCCCUCCGAAAGGUUCAUAACUACCGGAAAAUCUGGAAUCAGAGCGGGUGGGUACCCCGGAUGGCGGACUUCUCGAGAAUCUCCCCUCUUCGCCUCAAUUCCCCUCUCCGUAACCCAGAAAUAUUUGGGGGGAAAAGACAACAGCACGGUUUCGGUCGGACGCGACUCGCCGCGACGUUUUGGGGCGUAAGGAGCAAAAAAUAGAUAGAAUGGAAAGUGUUGUGGUAGCAGUCGUCAGAGCGGUGUGACAAUUCGAAGAGAGACCCAGUUUGAGCGCCGCGAAGAGAGGGGGGCGCUGCUGGGGCAGGGGGAGGCUGGGUUGGGGGGAAUGCAAAAAAACGAGGUGGAAAACUCGCGCGGCUUCCUGCCCUGACGUCGCGCAAUCGAAACAAUUCAAGGCUGACUUGGAAUAAACUUAUCAUAAAGCGAGUACGAAUCCCCGUCGUUCGCUGAUAAGGGGUCAUUCUGCGGCUGCUUCAGAGCUUGGAGAGCAAGAUAAGGCCCUAAAGCUGACAAAGCGAUCAUUUCGAACAGGCUUCAACGUUUUCGUCGACCAUGUGCAAAAUAACUCGAAACUUGCAUUUUUAAUAAAUUCAAUGUUGAAUACAUUAAAAACUAGGGCUUAAACUUGUACAUAAACAUGAAAAUUUACGAUUAACUACAGUAUGAAACACCCCCAAAACCGUUUUACAGAAAUUUAAAGCAAUUCCCAAGCAAACGGUAAUCUUAUGCCAAAAAUAUUCGGAAUCCCGAAAAACAACAUUAACCCAAAAACAGGAACAGCAAGCCCCGUAAUUCAGCUCCAGCGGCACGCGGCCAAACCGAUUCAUUAGCAUAAAUCAAAACGUCAAACGUCUAGCCCAUAAAUAGCGCUCCACAAUCCGAAACCGAAAUAAAACAAAAAGGGGGAAAAGAUAGUUUCAGAGAGAGAAACGAAAAAGCCCUGCAAGUGUCGAGAAUGACGCGCCAAUCUCGCUGAAAUCAUCGCCUCUCGCUUUUUCCUGUUUCCGGUGUCUCCACACAACCGCCGGGCAGAUAAUGCGGGCUGCGAGUGAGGGUGCUGAUUUUGGAAAGAGGGCAAUAAGUCAAUCGACAAAUUAGAAGACAAAAGGCAAUGAGGAAGUCGUUCAGGUGGUGUAAGGGUAGGACUAAUCGGUGUAUUUCAGUCGAUUAGCCCGCUUAUCGACUACAAUUUUGACAUACAUCCAUUGCACUCUCAUUACGGCCGCUAAUCAUUCACAAGAAGGUCAGAGGGCAGACUCUUAACAUAAAAUCCCCGAAUUUCGAACUUAUGUUGCUUAAUUAAAGACGAGUUUAAGAGAACGCGCUUUACAACGCGAGGCUAGGCUCCUAUUUCUGUAGUAAUCAACUUUAAACUUACAGUAAAUGUUAUUUUAAGAAACGAAACGAGUAGGAAGACCUAAGAAAGGGAGAUUUUCACAGGGAAACACACAGAUUUUUCUUAUCAUUCGAGGCAACCAACCACUAUCAAAUCGACCGAAUCAAUGUUCACACUAUCAGUGUGGAAGUUUUUAUAGGCUCAGCCCCCAUUGGCUUUGUUAGCGCACCAGAACGAUGAUUUAAGGGUUUCUGAGAAUGAAUGACGGUAAAAAAUCUCGAAGAAAAUUUUUGUAUCAUAAAAUAAAAAUAAUUUUUAAAACUCUAGGCCAAGAAAAUUUGUCAGAGCAUUAGCCCGCACACUUGACCACGGAUCCAAACCCCCCAAAUCACACCACGUAUGUCGCGGAUGACAUGUGUUUCGCUGAAAAGACAAACAUUUUGAUCCCGAGCCCAUAAAUUCAUUCCAAAAACCUUUCUGAUCAGAGCUCCAAGCCCUGUCUCCCUAGUUUUUGAUGACUUUAGAUGAACUAUUGCCAUAAAACCGGCCUUAUCAGCUUAAGUGCAAGAACUUAAAGGUCUGAGUAGCCAAUCGAAAGUAGGAUAUGAGAAAAAUGCGUCAUUGUCCUAUAAAACCGUCAUAAAGACGCUGUUUGUAAGACACAAAUGCAAAGCAUAUGUCACGUAUAUGCUGAUCAGAAAUCUUUUUAUUUUAGACUUCCCAUUAAAUACAUAAACAUCCAUCAUGAAAAGGACGUCGUGUUGGAUGAGUUACGAUCCUGAUGACCUGAACAUUUCCUUGAUCUUGACUAAAAAUCACGGAUCAUUUUUUGUCUCCCAAACUCACUCCUAGAACUAUAGAACCCGAACAUCCCCCAUAUUACUGUAGCGUGCAAAAGAGUCAACGGUUAUUAAACGCCCGAGGCCCGCUGAAAAUUAUUCCAAAAAACGAUUGUCAAAAGAGCAAGAAGGGAGAAUUGAAGAGGGCCUUUCUUUCCGCCGCUGAACGAGCGAAUCGCGCUCCAAUGGGUUUCUGGUUAGGGGCGGUUGGAGAAGGGAGAAGAAGACGAAGCCGAGAAGAGUAAGAGGCGUAUUGGUGCGGUUCGGUCCGGUCUCGAAGGUCUGCUUCUUGUCUUCCUUUCCAUUCUUUCUUUCUUCUCAUUGCAGGGACUGGCCUCGCCAAGUCGCCUUCCGGCUAUUCCCCCCAGAGAAUUCCUCCUGUCUCGCAAGUUUUGUCCGGCGCGUGAUCCACGUUAAGCAGCCACCGUUGGGUCAACAGCUGGCUGGCGAAGUGUAG